AUGCCGUCUAUAGAAGGCUCUGGUGUAACUGGUACUGCCGAUGAAAACGUGGAGGGCCGGCAGCAGAAGCCUAAGACCCUACCAUGCGUGUUGAGCACGUUCAACGUCAUGAGCGGACUCAUACUAAAGAAAAGCCCUUCUCUUGUGGAUGGGCUCGAUGCGGGAAGACUUUUGGGCACUAGCGCACACGCCCUCAUUCCCCCGUUGUAUCCCCGUGAAUAUGCUUAUAUGGACAUCAGGGAUCUUCUCGUCCGUCACGAAAAGCUCGUGCAUCUUAAUGAGGGUUCUAAUAAGGAUGGUAACCGCGUCCGGAAACCGUCGACGGCCGGUGCUGCCCAACCGCCGCUAUCAACCGAAAACCAUGUCGAGUCUAAAAUGAUGGGUGUCCGGGCUCAUCCGCAACAUUACCACUCUGAUUCUAUGUCUUCGUCCGUGGCUGUCCCUCCGCUCGCUCCGGACCCUCGCCAUUCCUCCCGAGCCGCGGCCUGCAACCUUGAUCUUUUAUCUGAUGCUGCUACCCAGAUUGCCUCCGCGAACGAGGUGAACUCGAUGCAGCCGAUGAUGUCCGAUCUCGGACAGUCAGGGGGUGCAUUGGCGCGAAUAAAGUCGUAUGACGAGCCUAUGCCGUAUGCUGAUCGUGGGCGUGAGCCUGAACAAGUGGCUAUGUCUGUAGGAUUGCCAAACCCAACAGCGCCGCCAACCUUCGACGAUUAUAAUCUCUUCUUGGACGAUUUCGCAACUUCAUCUCACUUUCUUCCGCAAGGGUUUGAGGUAGAUCAAGGUAUGAGUAUCUGGCCGCGGCAUAUAUCAGAUAUUCAUCGAGCCGGGCUCUCAAAGCCAUCGUCUCAAUUUCCUUCCCGUUUUCCAUCGGUAGCGCCAGACCCGAGAGAUCCAUCUGAUGGCAAUAGCAGGAUACAUGACGAUUCGACGAGAGCACAGCCUAUGAGGGUUUCUGCUAUGGACCAUACUGUUAUCAAAAAUAGGCUAGAUGAAUUCUCGUCUGUUUUACCAACUGAUUUCGUAUUUCCUUCUCGCCAUACCCUUACUCGCUUCCUCGAGGGAUAUGUAAGCGGGUUUCACGAUCAUCUACCGAUUCUACAUCUGCCAACGAUUAUGGCCGCUGAAUUAGCUCCGGAAUUAUUGUUGGCUAUUUUAGCAGUAGGUGCGCAGUAUCGAUUUGAAAGUCAUAGGUCAAAUGCGUUAUGGUACGCAGCCAAAGCUGUAGCGCUCGAGCAGAUCCGACGCCGCCAUAGUCACGAAGUCCAUGGAUUGUUUCCAACACCAGCCGCGUAUAGCCCACACUCCACACGACCAUCGCCAAGUCAUGGAUUUCGUCAUUCCUUUAGCUCCGUUCAACAAGAGCGUUCGAUGACUCAAGAGACACAUCGAGAGCCGUAUUCUCCUAAUACACUACAAUCUCGCAUGGAAACCAUACAGGCUCUUUUGUUACUCUUCGCCGUUGGACUCUGGGGUGCUAAGGCCAUCCUACGCGAAGCUUUAGCACUUCAAAGCCUGCUGGCUCUCCUAGUGCGCGAAGAAGGGCUUUUAUCGGAAUCCACGCAAACGGCUGACUGGGAAGCAUGGGUUCGGAUAGAAGGAGCUAACCGCACGAAGCUCAUCGCAUACUGUUUCUUCAAUCUUUGCAGUAUUGCUUACAACAUGCCACCUUUAUUGUUGACUUCGGAGCUGAAUCUUAUUCUCCCGCACUCUUCGAAAUUGUGGAGGGCGGAAACGGCUUGGCAAUGGCAAGAAGCUCGUCAAUCUUUCCCUAGUAUGGAUAUCUCCCUCCAAGACGCCUUCUCGAGAUUAUUUAGUCGCCCCCCACAAGGCCCACCGGCGUAUAUGUCUUCCCUGGGUAAUUAUAUCCUCAUUCAUGCCAUAUUGCAACACAUAUUUCUCCUGAAGCAGACAUCUUUCAAUGCUGUGUCGCUGUUUGGUGGACUGCGCCAAGAUGACGUCGAAGAUUGCUUCCAAGCCCUGAGGAUAUGGCAGAUGAGUUUCGAGCAGCACCAAGCGCGAGUGACAGAAGGCGGUCACCAGAACGGCCCCGAUGCAUUUCCAGGAGGGCCAGUCGCGUACAACUCGACUGCACUAUGGCGGCUGGCAUCCAUUCGGCUGUAUACAGAUUUGAGUCCUAGUAGGACUCUCGAGUCAAGGGAUGCGGGCCAGAUUGCGCAAGCAUUCCACGAUGCUCCAUAUCUUGUUCGUAGCGGGCGUCUCAACCGGGCUGUAUUUCAAGCUAUACAUGCAUUGUCGAUGUUAGUUAAGGUCGGCGUCAACUACGUUGCAAGGAGAAAAUCCACUGAUUGGAGUAUGCAACAUUCACUCUGCAAUCUCGAAUGCGCCAUCCUCCUCUCCAAGUGGUUAAUGACUCUUGCUUCGAUUGGACCGACGGGUGCUUCUCCUGAGCCCGAUGAACGAAAUCUUCUGGAAAUGUUGCGGCAUAUGCUGGACGAGACUGAGUUCGCAGUACCCAUCGACCCAUCACUUUCAGGGGGAGCGCCUGGACCCGGACAAUCUAAUAUGGACAUUGCCGCAAAUGAUAGUACGAAAUUACGACAGCUUGCGGUAGCAGUAAUCCGUCUGUGGGCAGAGACGUUCAAGGGUUCGCACAUUUUUGACCUCGUCAAAGUAGUUGGUGCUGGUCUCGAAGGGUAUGCCGAUUUAUUGGAGAAGCCGCGGGAUAGAACACCGCUGGGUCGUAUGCAAAAUCCCGGCCUAGGAUGA